AUGAGAAAGAAAGGUCCAAGAAGAGUUGGAAAGAAGCCCUUCAAAAGAAUGAGAAAAUCAUCAUUCAACAAGAUACAAAAGAAAUUUGAUGUGUUUCAUGAAGAAAUAGACCAUUUUAAUAACUAUGAGAGUUUGACUUUAGAUAUAAGUGACCCUGAAAUUGUUACAAUUUCUGACGAUGAAUCAUCGGAGGAUGAACAAACCUUUAAAGUGGAUGUUGAUAAGAUAAAUCAUAAAAAUAUACCUGAAGUGGUUCACCAUACCGAGGAUAAAAUAAAUAAAAACGAUAGUGAGACCACAGAAGAUCAUUUAGAAUUAAAUAACGAUUUUAUUGCAUUUUCUGAGAGUGAUAGUGAAGAAGAUGAAAAAAAAGAAAUCGAUGAUGGUGAUGAUGAUAACAAGGCGAUUCUUUCAGUUACUACUGAACAGUUGCCAUCGAAUAUCAAUAUCCGUGCAAAAAAGACAACCAACGACGAAUUUCCAUGGUUAUUGAAUCAUGAUCAUUCCACACAGAGAGAUAUAUCCAAAUGGAUAACAUUAGAGAUGAAAGAUUUCAUAUCAUAUAUUUCACCAAGCAGACAAGAGAUCGAGACCCGUAACAAAACGAUUCAAAAAUUACGUAAAGUUGUUAGAAGAGUGUGGCCCGAUUCUACGUUACAUGUAUUUGGAUCCUAUGCGACUGAUUUAUAUUUACCAGGGUCUGACAUUGACUGUGUUAUCACGAGUAAGACUGGGAACAAAGAACACAGAAGCUAUCUCUAUGAACUAGCUAGAUAUCUGAAAAGUAACGGGAUAGGGAAACAAAUUGAAGUAAUUGCGAAAGCCAGGGUACCGAUUAUUAAAUUUGUAGAUGUCGGCUCUGAUCUACAUAUAGAUGUUUCAUUUGAGAGAUUAAAUGGUAUCGAGAUUGCCAAAAUAAUACGAACAUGGUUAGAUGAUACUCCAGGUCUUCGAGAAUUGGUAUUAGUCAUAAAACAAUUUUUAAAAUCGAGAAGAUUGAAUGAGGUUCACACUGGUGGUCUUGGUGGUCUAAGUAUCGUGUGUUUGGUGUACUCAUUUUUACAUCUUCAUCCAAGGUUGCGUACUGAGGAUAUCGAUGCCCGUGACAAUCUUGGCGUUCUAUUAAUGGAUUUCUUCGAGUUAUAUGGGAAAAACUUCUCGUAUGAGAAAGUAGCAUUAUCCUUUCAAGAUGACAUUCCUACUUACCUGCCGAAAUCUCAUUGGCGAGCAUUGCCACCAAGUAGAAGUUCACUAACACUAGCUAUUCAAGAUCCGCUCGAUAUUUCAAACAACAUCAGUAGGUCAUCUUAUAAUGUUACUGGUAUAAAGAAAGCCUUUUCAGGAGCCUUUAAUAUCAUAUCGAAUAAAUGUUAUGAGUUGAAUCAAGCGACUUUCAAAGACCGUGUUGGUAAAAGUAUUCUUGGAAACAUUAUCAAAUAUAAAGGGGAUACAAGACAUUUCAAGGAUGAAAGAGAAUUAGUUCAAAACAGGGCCAUUGUAGAGAAUGAAGUAUAUCACCUGAAACGCAGCAGGUCUGUAAUAGAUUUAGAUAAUAGAGAAGAUAUGUUUUUGAAUCCUAGUGACGACGAAUUAUUGACCGGAGGUCAAGAUGAACGGGAUAUGUACCGAGUUUCAGAACCUCCUAGGAAGAAACAAAAGAAGAUAUCCACCGAAACAAUUACAAUACCUAAGAAAAAGAAGAUAAAGAAGAAGAAGAGACCUGUAAACGUUACGAAGUUAAUCUCAAAGAGAGCACCGUCUAAGAAAAUUGAUGAAUUAAUGGGUAUUGAGGAUGACAACGAUGAUAUAAACGACAACGAUACAAUAAUGCUCAAAGAAAAUGACAAUUCGGCAGACGAUACUAAGGAAUCUACUUUACAGACUAUGAGGGUAGAUGCGCAAACAAGGAGAGAUUACUGGCUUUCGAAGGGUCAGACAUUGGCAAGUGUAAGUAUUUCGAAAAAGAACACAUAG